CAGAAGAAGAAGAGUGUUGUGUUUUCUCUGCAGUGUUUCGCAGCUCGUGUGUUUGUCAAGUGUUUGUGUGUAAUGCAUCAGUGAUGGUGAUGUUGUCCUCUUCGCAGCAAGUCGUCAUGGCCUUCACAGCGGUGCUGCUGAUGUUUGUGCUGUUCCCGCGUAUGUUCACCGGCAGCGGCGGCGGAAGGGAGGGUCAGUCUUUCGAUCCGCGGAUGAACCGAAGAGGACCCGGCCCUGGUCUCCGUCCCGGUGCCGUUAAGAAUCAGCAGCAGUUCCACAUGAACGGAGCGUCUCCAAAAUCCCAGAGUGUGGAGAACGUUCAUCAGAUGAAGAAACUGAUGGAGCAAGAGAUGAAGAGUGACAAAUACAAAGCCAAUAACAACAAGGGCUACGUCUUUACCCUCAUGCCAAUCUACGCCAUCAGUGUUGGGCUUUUUGCUGCUUAUAAGUUUCUGAAGAUAAAGUCUGCAAAUGAAACUGAAGCUCAGAAAGCAAAAACAGCUCGAGGUGUGAAGAAAUCUGAGGAGACAGAGAGUCAGCUGAAUGAACUGGAACAUAGGUUGGCUCAAACUGAGAAGAUGCUCAACUCCAUACUAACCCAACUGGACCCCCUUACAAACUGUGUGAAGUCUGUUGCCAUGGAGCAGAAAAACGAGAUCAUGUCGCAGCUGCAAUGCAUCCGGCAGCUAAUGAAGAAGAGAGGCAUGGAGUGUCCAAACAUCAGGAUAGAUGAACCGGCAUGCCAGCGCAAUCUGGAUGAUCUUAUAGAGACUCUGACUGCUGCAGAAUCGUCUGUAGAACCACAAACGCACGCUGAAACACAGUCAUGUGAUCAGACUGCGCUCUCACCUGACCAAGAGAGGAUUGAAGAAGAGGAGCCUGAACCUGCAGAACGAGAGGUAGAGGAAGAUAUGGCCAAUGAGAGUGACUGUAGUUUGCCCUCCCUCGAGGACUCGGGCGACUUCAGUGUAGAUCCCGUCACCAUUGUUCAGAAAGAUCCAGAUGAUCAGACGGGUGGAUUACGAAGACGCAACAGGCCAGAGUAACUGACAAGAUUUGGACUUAAAUCUAAUUUAUUUAUUUAUUUAUUCAAUUAUUUGUGGUCUACAAUAUUCCAUCUGCAUAUUUUCAGCAAUGUCCAGUGUUUCCCACAGAUCUGAAAUGUACUUGUGGUGGUAGCUGGUAAAAAAGGCAGUCAUUAUUAUCCAGACAGAUAAUGGUCUACUAUACGUGUGACAAACAACUAGUAAUGUGUGAACGUUCACAUUAUAGUUCAUAAAUCCAACCACCCCAAACUCUCAUUGGUAUGAACAAAGAUGAAACUGUUUGUCAAAGCACCACAAAAACACUUUAUUGUUUUUGUGCUGAUUAGGAAGCAAUACUUGUGAAAAUGACAAAUUUGAAAGGAUUUAUUAACAAUGUGAAAGGUAUAGAAAAACUAUUAAAUACAAUAAAUAUAAGACACUAAGGCAAUGGAGGUUUAUAAACAGGUCUAGAGAUUAUAAAUGUGACCGGUGUUAUAAUGGUUUAGCUUUCUUUACUUUCUCGAAGCAGUAAAAGUGCCUUUCUUUUUAUGCCAAUUAAAAGAGCUUAAUCCACUUAUUAUUUCAGACGGUUCAUUAAUAACACUAUUAUAAAAAUUGUUUGUCAAUAUGACCUUUGGCUUCGUCCAUUUGUGCUUUUCAGUAUAGAUAAGGUCACGCAGUGACAAACCGGUUUUGUAUUUAUCAUAACCUGAUACGAUUUUGCAGGACAGAGUUCACCAAACUAUGCUACGCAGCGACCUGCGAAAUAUCAUUGCACAAACUUGCGUUUUCGGUCUUGAGCAUUAUGCGAUGAAUGGAAAUCAAUGUCUAAUGAAAAGUCUAGUGUGACUGCAGCUUAAAGCCUCCUAAUGACCUGUGAAUUUAUUUGGGCACAGACAUGUUUUGAGGUGUUUCUGGGAGGUUUAAGUACAUACCGCAUCAUCUUAAAAUAAUAAUAAUGUAACUUCGGAGACCUGAAAAUGCGAAUAAACUGAAAUGCACCUUUUUCAAAUUGCUUGAAAACCACCUGAUGCGAGCGUAAAAACUUUUUCAGAUAUAUGGGAGUUUUUGAGAUUGCAAAUACGGCCAAUGGAAAAACAAUGUCAAUUUGCACAAUUUAAAGGGUAAUGGAAAUGCAGCUAAUUUUGGCCCAUUCAAGCUGCAUUCAGACUAGCAUUGACUAGCAGUAGCAAAGCAAAGCAAUCUCAUUGAUAUUAAUUGAAGAUUAAUAGUAACCGUUGGCGACUGGAUUGGCCGUGUCCAGUCACGAGACAAAGUUGAGAAAUGUUUAACUUUAUGCAAAUUAUGAGCAACUUUCAGGAGCGACUACCAAUGAGAACGAAGCAGUGGACUUCAUGUCAUCCGUCUCUUGUCAGUGUCUUGUACCAUCAAGUGGACGGUACUUAUUGUUUAUGAAAACCAGAUUUAGAAACGCCUCUUUUUAAAGAGACGAUCGACACACAGCGACAAAGUCGAUUAUAAUGUGAAUGUACCUUUAGACCGCCAGCGACAAGCAGUAGCAGAGCAACGUGAUCUCAUUCAUUUCAAUGGACGCUUGGCGACACCACCACACAUUUGCAUAAAGUUUCUUGCAUCAUUGGACACGUCCAUAUGGUCGCCAGCGGUCACUUUUGCUCAUGCUGCCAGAAGUCGCCAAACUUUCAUUCAAAUGAAUUAGUUCAUGUCGCUCUGCUACUGCUAGUCGCUAGCGGUCUAAGUUGGGUGGAACUCAUUGGAAGAGACACAAUGUGCUAACACGCAAAAUGCCGUUAUAAAAGAGUCAUUAUCAUGGAAGAACAAAAAAGACAUUUUUUUUUUGCCAGGUAUACUUUGGGGGUUGUUAAUAUACCUGGGCGGCCCACCCAAGUAAAUCAAUGUGUGGGAAACUGAUGUCUGUAGUUCGGAGUUAAUAAUUGGAAUCCGUUUACUUUUUGAUAUUACUGGCCUUAUUUUGGACUUGUAGUGCAUGUUAUUAUAAGGAAAACGAUUGGGAUCUUUUAUUCAAAUGUUUAACACCCACUUCUGAUGAAAUCCUGUCCUACAUUUUUAUCUUGUUGAAUAUUUGUUUCAUCUGGUCAUAUUCACAUCAAUGUCCGUGUCACCUUGUAAGUUUGGUUUAAGCAUCUGCAUAAAUUCUGGUAAUUUCAAUGAGGUGAAGCCAACAGGAACAUGCACAAGGCAGCUCCUGAGUUUUUGCAUACUGUGGUUUUUAUUUUAUUUGCAUGUUGGCAGAAGCCUGUGGGAAAGUUUGAAGUAUCUGCAUGUUUCUAGUAUGACAAUCAUGUCCAAAACUUCAGAUUGUGAUGAAUAGUUGAUAUGAUAUUGACCUAAACCUCAUGACUGCAAUAAAGCUUUGAGCUUUACAUUUUAUUUUCAGCAUAAAUACCAUGAUUAUAUGUAAUAUGAGCAUAUAUCUGUUAAAUGUUAACGUGUAAAGUGAACAUUUUUGCUGUCAGUGCCUGUUAUCAGCUUUAUUUAAAGAUUGUUUAUAUGCACAUUUGAUCAUACACUCUAAAAACAAACGGUGCUAAAUGGCACCAAAAGUGGUUCGUAAUCAUAGAAGAACCAUUUUUAGCAGGGGCGUCGGACUGUGGGUAAAACCAGUACUGAUUACCAGGGCCCCAAAGGAAGAAAGGGCCCUUGAAAAGUCUGAAAUAUAUUAUGGGGGUGGGGCAUUGGGGCCCAUCAGAACUGCCUAUGCAUAGGGCCCGAGGUCUUGUUCAACGCCCCUGGUUUUUAGUUCCAAUUUAGCACCGGUGAAUCACCUGUGUAGAACCACAUAGUGCUAUGUAGAACCAUAUGUGGCGCUAUAGUGGUACUAUAUGGCCCCUUUAUGGUUCUACACAGAUGCCUCACCGGUGCUAUAUGGCACUUAAAUUUGUUUUUAGAGUGUAUUAUAGGUUUCAGUUUUGUUAAAUAUUAGCUGAAAACAUUGUUUUCUGCCAGAAUAGGUUUUUUCCUUAAUCACAAUUUUUUUUUAUGUUGAUGUUCUCAUAAAACACAUUUUUACUUGUUUAAACUGAAAAUUACUGCUUUCUUGUCUUUAUUUUAUCACAAGAUGCUAUUAGAAAAAUCCAUUAAGAUUUUGUCUUUAACAUCAUGUAAAGCUUUUACCCUGUAUUUUAAAUGUGGAGAUUGAAUGUGAUUGGACUCUGUUUCCUGUACUUGUAUGUGAUUUGCUGCAUAGUCUACGGAGAAAUAUUUGAGAACAAAUAUUUUAAGCCUUAAAAUAAAAUCUAAAUAAUCAAAUGUUGGUGUUGACAGUAUUGUGAUAUUUCUUGAUAGUUUGGCAUGUUCUGGAAUUUUGCAAAAAUCCAAAAACUCUCCCUAUAAUUUGAUAAAUAAUAGGAAAAUCUUAGGCUUUACAUUUACCUUAUUGCUGAUUUAUAAAUACACUCUUUGUCUGAAAUAGCUCCCUAUACCCUAGUGCACUAUUUGACGGGACAGCCAAUGGUUGUGUUGUCCGAAAUUAUAGUGGACAUUGUCGAGUGCACUUAUUCAGUCCCAUAAUGCACCGCAAUAAUGAGUGUACAAACUAUGUACCUAUAUAUUAUAGGAUAUCAUGGUUCUGGCAUGGCCAAGCCAAGUCUCCAGGCCUUAACCCAAUAGAGAAUCUUUGGAGGGAGCUCAAACUCUGUGUUUCUCAGCGACAGGCCUGAAACCUGACUGAUCUAGAGUAGAUCUGUGUGGAGGAGUAGGCCAAAAUCCCUCCUGCAGUGUGUGCAAACCUGGUGAAAAACUACAGGAAACGUUUGACCUCUGUAAUUGCAAACAAG